AUGCCGUUGAGUGGUGCAAGUGAACCGGACCUUGAAGACCUGAUCAAGAGCGACGUCCCUGACGCAGUGGCAUCGAAUCCAAAGCUCUUUUCCACUCAUCACAACGAUUUGCGACAUGAUUUUCAGUCUUCUGAGCUAUUGGCCAUUCGCAUGGAGCUGCUGAAAUGGUAUGACGUAUAUCGCCGGAAACUUCCAUGGCGAGGAGAUCCACCGCCGUAUUUAACAACUGCAACGCACACCAGUCAGAAGAAAGCGAAGAAAUAUGUUGUGACAGGAAAGAAAACAGGUUUGGACGAGUUUAUAAAGACGCCAAUUGUUACAGAGUCAGAGCAGGAGCAGAAUGUCAAUUGGAGUGUCGCUGCAAGUGCUACAACCAACUAUGACAGUGAAUUGAAGGCAAGGAAGGUGACACCGUACGAGACGUGGGUAUCCGAGAUUAUGCUACAGCAAACGCGCGUUGACACUGUGGUCGAGUACUUCUUGCGCUGGAUCGACAGGUUUCCUACUGUGGCUACUCUUGCUGAAGCCAAUGAAGACGAUGUAAACGCUUUGUGGGCAGGAUUGGGGUACUAUCGACGUGCUAGGAUGUUGCACGCUGGUGCAAAGUAUGUGAUGGAGAAAUAUGAAGGCGAGUUGCCGUCCACAGUUGACCAAUUGCUAACGAUUCCAGGGAUUGGCCCAUACACGGCAGGCGCUAUCGCAUCCAUCGCCUUUGGCAACCGUGAGCCACUAGUAGACGGCAAUGUGAUUCGAGUGAUGGCCCGAAUACGAGCUGUUGGUGCAGACCCGAAGAAUAAGCAGCUUAUUAAAUUUUCUUGGAAGGCAGCAAGCGAGCUUGUAGGCGAGUGCGAUCGCCCGGGAGCGUUGAACCAGGCACUAAUGGAACUUGGGGCUACAAUCUGCACCAUUCAAAACCCCCAAUGCUUAGACUGCCCUGUCAAGUCGGUGUGUCUUGCAUUGGAAGACACAAAUGCUGUCAAGCUCAAGUACGAAAGUUCUACCUCCGCCAAAGUAUCUGCUGAUGAAUGUUCGAUCUGUGAUUACACGCGUGUUUCGGAGUGGAACACAAAUCUGACUGGAGUCACCAAGUACCCGCUGAAAGCAAAGAAGAACGACUCAAAACAGGAAGUCAUUUGCAUUGCAGUAGUUUCUACACCGGUCGAGAAUCCAGUAGCGCCUAAGCGAAAGGCCGCGAACAGCAUCGACGACACUUCUCGGUCUGACUGGAAGUUUUUGAUGUCGAAACGUCCCAAGGGAGGCCUAUUGGCUGGACAAUGGGAGUUUCUUCAUACAAAGAUGAGUGAUGGCGACAUAAUUCCCCCUUAUGCAAAGCGUAAGGCUUUCAUAAACACCAGGCUCAUGAAUGUACUCGAAGCUUCGGCACUUUCUAAAUCCAGUAGACGUGACGUCGGUGAGCUUAUUCACAUCUUCUCGCACGUGAAGCAUUACAUGGGCAUCGAGCACCUGCACUUUAAGUCUGAGCCUCAGCUGGUGGCAGGAACCAAAUCCGAGGAAGUGCGCUGGAUGACAAAUGCCGAGAUGCAGCAAUUGGGGCGCUUGAAAACCAUCAAGUCGUAUUUUCAACAAUAG